AGGGAGCUGCAAGCAUGGCGGCGCCCGCGGCCCAGAUGCUGCCCGAGAGCCCCAGCAUGAACAAAGCAGUGUCGCUGAUAAAUGCAAUAGACAUAGGAAGAUUUCCGCGAUUGCUUACCCGAAUUCUUCAAAAACUUCACCUGAAGGCUGAGAGCAGCUUCAGUGAAGAGGAAGAGGAAAAGCUUCAGGCUGCGUUUUCUCUAGAGAAACAAGAUCUUCACCUAGUUCUUGAAACAAUAUCAUUUAUUUUGGAGCAGGCAGUGUACCACAAUGUGAAGCCAGCGGCUUUGCAGCAGCAACUAGAGAAUGUCUGCCUCAGACAGGAAAAAGCAGAGGCGUUUGUCAACGCCUGGUCAUCGCUGGGCCAGGACACAGUCGAAAAGUUCAGGCAGAGGAUUCUGGCCCCCCACAAGCUGGAGACAGUUGGGUGGCAGCUUAACCUUCAGAUGGCUCACUCCACUCAAGCAAAACUCAAGUCUCCUCAAGCUGUGUUACAACUUGGAGUGAGCAACGAAGAUUCAAAGAGCCUGGAUACAGUUCUUGUGGAAUUCAGUCAUAAGGAGUUAUUUGAUUUCUACAACAAGCUGGAGACCAUACAAGCACAGCUGGAUUCCCUUACGUGAGGUUUUUGAAGACUGGUGUCUGCAUCACAUUCCUGCCACCUCAUUAUUUUGUGUUGAAGAGAGAUUGCUUGGCUCUAUUUUUCUGGAGGAAUCAGUGAAUUUCUUUCUACAAAUUAUAUGGUUUAUCACUUCUUAGACAAAUAACAGCCAAGGGAGAUGACUGUUAGUAGCACAGAGGUUCUGAUACACUUUCUCUGUGAGCCAAUAACAAUUGUUAACACUUUAGGUUUAAAGAAAUCAAAAUUGAAUACCAUAAUGUCUUUCUGUCAUUGUUGCCUAUUACCUUAUCUGUUCAUGUUUUACAUGGAGAGAGUCAGUAGAUAGAAGGUGUAAUGUGUCCUCUAACAGAAAUAGAACUUUAGUAAUUGCAUUAAUAAAAUUUAGAAAACAUCCAUAUACAAUCAAAUACAUUAUGGCAUUUUUCUAUAAUGAAUAUAUUUUGUUGUUGAGAAAUAAUACAGGAAAGAAAUUUAAAAUAGAGUUAGUAGUAUUAUGUCUGUUGAUUGCAAUGUGGGCUUCUCUAUCCAUGUUAAUUUUUGCCUCUGGGCUCAAUGAUUUAAUAAUAGACCAGGUUUUUGUAUGCUGUUCUUUGUACUGCACAUUGGUAAUGAUUCACUUCAUCAUAUGGGAGACAUUCAGAUCAUGAAUGAAAAUGAUUGUAGCAAGUCCUCAGUGGGCAUCCUCGAAUUUUAAAUCAGAUUCCGUGAGCAUUCUCUCUCUCUCUCUCUCUUUGAAUGUGUUAUUUGGUUUCAGUCCAUAGAAAGUUUUGUUUUAGAAUUUGAACUGGUGUAGAGUGUUUUCAUAUUAUAUGUUUUGUAAUGCAUUUUAAGAUACGACCGUCUAAAUGUAUGAUUGCCUUUAAAUGUAAGUCGAAAUUUUUAUGAAUUAAAUGUCUUACAUUGUUUCUCAGGGGAGAGGACAGUUCAACUAGACUUUCUUAAGAUGAAGAAAUUUGAUUUCAGAAAACAAGGCUGUUGCCAUUGAAGCAAAGCACAUUUCUCAUGAGGUGUUUGAAUAAUAGAAGUGUUAAAUGUCUCCCAAAUAAACGUUCAAUAGAUAGAAUUUAUAACCACAAUUGUUUUUGUAUACUUAUAGGUUGUUGCUUAGGAAAUUUGAAAGUUUGAGUUAUUUCAGAAAUCAAAUAUUACAAAUACUAUUGUCCAUAAUUGAUUGACUAUAUAGGUUUUUCAAAUUUUCACUUUCCAUUGUUAGUAUAUCUGUAAGGCACAGUUGUAAUGGAAUGGGAUUUGUUUCCUCAUGUGGCUUGUAGGGUCUCUCUUAUUUUUUGUUCGUGUUUUUGAUUUCUUUAAACAAGCUCUCAUUGUGUUACCCAAGCUGACCGCAUACUCUUGGACCAGGUGAUUCUCCCACCUCAGCCUUCCUGAGUGGCUGAGACUAAACCACGCACUGUCUCAUCUGGCUUUCACUUUAUUGUGCUCUCAUUUUGCCAGUUCCCAGAGGUAACUGAGGUCCCAGAAGUAUUAUGAACAUUUUGGUAAACAUUAUUUUAGACUUCUUUUCAUGAACAUGUGAAUACCAAGGCAUAAUCCCAAGUUGAAUUUGUUAGACCCUCCUGACAGUGGCCAGCCAUGUAGGUAUGUAGAAGGUUUUAUUGGUUUAAUUGAAUUCCUGAUCUAAAUAUCUAAGUUACAUAUGAUAAUGACAAAUGAAGUUCAUCUAUGCUUCCUAAAACUGUCAGGUCUUACACUCUGUAAGAAUGUGUCUACCUAUAAGAAUAUGGUAAAAAAUAUUCUCUUAACUCAGGUCAACAAAGUCUCAUUCAAAGACACUAAAGAAGGUGCAAGAAGAUACAGUUCCAACUAAGAACAUAACUACUGCUAAAGUGUAUUUAACUAAAAAUCACCUUUUUCCUUAAGGCAUUACCAUUGUUGUGAAACCCACGUCAAAGGAAGUUUGAUGUUUCCAAACAGUGUUUAAUGUAUGCUAUGUAUCUUUAAAAAAUACACUAGGAGAUCAGUAUCAGCUGGAACCUCUCUCAGCAAAUGUAUAACCAGUGCCACAUAAUGUUUUGGUCAAUGACGGACCGCACAUACAACAGUAUAUGCCAUAUAACCUAGGUGUGUAGUAGGCUGUACCAUAGUAGGUUUGUGAUUUCGCACAGUGAUGAAUUCACUAGUGAUGCGUUUUUCAGAACAUAUCUCCUCAGUAAGCAAAACAUGACUGUAUCUCUUCUAUGAAUACUUCACAUGGAAGUGAAAUUAUUCAUUAGAAUAAAGAGCCAGUGUACUUUU